AUGGAUCCAGCAUCGGCCAUAGGCCUCGCGAGCAGCAUCAUCACGUUUAUAGAGUUCUCGUGCAAAGUUGUCACCAUCGCGAAUGAGCUCUACGAGUCAAACAAUGGCAUGACGAAAGAGAACGCCCGGAUCCUUAAGGUCAUCGGCGAUUUGAAGGAGAGCUCUCUUGGACUGAAGGUUGACACAGGGUCCUCAUCUAAGCAUGAUGUGGCACUCCAAGAUCUGGCAAAGGAGUGCGAGUCAACAUCGGGAGAGCUCAUCGCCAUCCUGGAAAAGCUUAAGCUUGCGAGCCAGUCAAAACGAGAGCGACUCAAGAAGGCAUUUGAUAGCCAACGGAAGCGGAAAGCGAUUGCAUCUCUCGAAUCUCGCCUUGGCGAGUACCGCAAUCAGAUGGGUUUCCGUUUACUGUGUCUGUUGAACGAAGAAACAUCCACAACUAAAAAGCAGCUGGACGUUGUUCAGGCCGCGUCGAAAAAGCUGGAUUGCGCCUCUUCGGCCAAACUUGAGGAUAUCCGCCGAGAGCUCAUUUCUCUUCUAUCACCUUUACAGGACGCAAAUCUCCUAUCCAAGAUAAACGAGAAAUUGCAGUCACUUCAGGCAGUUGUCAAGUCUACCGAUCGCGAGACAAGGAUCCUAGAGCAUCUCCAUUUUGAAACUAUACAUACACGCGAGGACUCGAUCGAAGACGCGCCUUACGAAACUUUCCGCUGGAUCCUAGACUCAGAAGACAAUAACCACCGCGAGAGUAAUCCCAAAACCAGCCGUCAUGCCCUCAGUUCAAGUCCUAAAAGGACUGGUGACGAAGAUGUCUCACUGCCGACAACAAUGAAAUCAGCCAGAGAGCUUUUACAGAACUGGCUCUCUUCAGGAACCGGAGUAUUUCACAUCUCCGGGAAGGCUGGGUCCGGCAAGUCGACUUUGAUGAAGCUGCUCUGCACGCACCGAAGAACACACGAGCUUCUUCGGUCUUGGGUGGGUGACAGGAAAUUGAUAUUUGCACGUUUUUACUUUUGGAAUCCGGGUAGUGACCUUCAAAAAUCACUCGACGGGCUCUAUCGCUCUAUUCUUUUCCACGUCCUAAGGCAAUGCCCGCAACUUAUCCCCAGCGUGUUCCCCGACCAGUGGGAACAAUUGUCCGCAGACGAUUCAUCCAGUCGCAGGUUGGAAGUUGACCUAUUCCGACCACCUCAAAUUAAAAAGGCCUUUGAUGGUCUGAUCCAGACCUCUCUAGACUCGGAAAAUAUCGCGAUCUGUCUCUUUAUAGACGGGCUAGACGAGUACAACGCCAAGGCCUACGAUCACCGGCUCCUCGCAGAAAGGAUCUGCAGAUGGGCUGUGUCCAAAAACGUCAAGAUAUGCGUUAGCUCUAGACCGCACGUGGAAUUCGUGGAUACUUUUGAUAAGAGACUGAGAAUAAACCUCCACGACCUGACGGCGCAAGACAUCACUCGGCUGGGCUGUCGAAUGUUUGAGAAUAGCUCUAAUUUCUCUAGGAUCAAAGAGACAUAUUACGCCCUUGUCGAGGAGAUUGUUAGUCUCGCAGAGGGGGUCUUCUUGUGGGCACAUCUUGUUUUGAAAUCGAUAAUCAGCGAAGUUGCUCUUUAUAGCAGUUACAAGAGGUUGCGACAGAAGAUCCGGAGCAUGCCCAGAGAGUUGGAUGAGCUCUAUGAUAAGAUAUUGGGAGGAAUGGAGCCGGACGACAGGACCCGGGCCAAUCUCCUGCUCCUAUUGAUGCUCUCGAAGCCCUUUUCAACAUUGAGCCCAAUUUACUUCGCCGGACUAGAAAUCACCGGCAUCACCACCGACCCUGACUUUCCUUCUGAUGGGCAGGUGAUUCCCUUUAUGUUGGAAGAAGAUUAUCACGUCCAGUGUGAUAUCAUUACGAGACAAAUAUCUAGCCUCACCCGAGGUUUACUUGUGGUCACAACUGACCCGUCGUUGCUGCUGCUUGACACCCACCCCUCUGUGCGGAUUGAUUUCUUCCACAGGACUGUUCAAGAUUAUUUGGAGACACCGAGGCGGCUCACAGAGUUGCUGGAAGAGUUCGCGAAUAUCGACCUCCUCCAACUGCAUGGCCGAUUGAAGCUUGUUCCGAUCAUCCGCUACAUCCAUGAGGAGCUGAGGAAUGGGUUCGAGCAGCGGAAUGUCUCUUCUGCAGUGUUCCCGGCGACAACAGAUGCUCGUGGUCUGAACGCUCUUCUGAGUGCCGCUCUUGGUGCAGCUAACCCUAGUCUGUCAGAUCCCUCUAAACGGGAAGACUUUACGAGGUUGCUAAGGGACCCAGACGAUCGCAGCUACGCAAUGCUUGGUGGGGCGUCAGAGUCUGAUGUGCUCUUUGAUAAUUUUGCCAAGGAUUGGCUUGUCCGGCCUUGGUGA